AUGGCUGACCCAACUCUUUGGAAAGAAGAGGGCGGACGAGUAAACGCAUUCACCACGCCCGGAUUGAGCCGUAGCAUCGACAGGGAAGUGCUCGAUGGACCUCGGUUUGCCGCAAAAGGUGGAGUGGUCGCUCAAUCCGACGAUGGAUUCCAGGCAGGGGCUGUGAUGAAGAGAGAGAUGAUGCCAUUCCGUGGAUUGGAUCGAAACGCGGUCCCUUUGGAAGUCGCUGCCGCAACAAGCCAUUAUGUGCCCCCUUUACGAUACCCUGCUCUUAACGCCGACGGUCACUACUCCUCGAGGUGGACGAACAUGGCCUCCCCAGGCCCCUUGGUCUCUCCCUUUGAAUAUGAAGAAAUGGUUCAACAAGAUACUCCGCCUCCGCUGUCUCUUUCCGUGUUAUUGGAUGAUGAGUUCAGAGUGCCGACUCCCGCCGCUGUGGUUCCUGAAAGGGCGACGACUGACAGGCUGAGGACUCGACUGCUGCGUCACAAGCAUCAGAUUCUACUUCACGACGCUGAUGACGCAGCCGCCGCUGCUGUGGUCACUAACACCAUCGCAGAGGCACCUAGGCCUGUCGCCCGUCUUUCGCUCACAGGCCUCCGCAACGGCGGGGACCUUCCUCAUCUGGACCAUCAUCAGAUGAAGUUGGAUUCGGAGGAACUUCAGUCUCUAGCCGUCCCUACUACACGCAGGAGUAUUAGUGAUGAUGAGGAAGAUCUUCGUAAAUCCAUUGCUGACAUUUUCACAGAGGAUAGAUCUAAGGAGCACAUUUCCUCGAGUAGUGACCGGGAACGACACCGCAAGUAUCGUCAUUCUCGCCAUUCUUCCCAUUCCAGCCGGAAUCGUGGUGAGGAAGAGGGCAGAGAAUACAGAGAGUAUAGAGAGAACAGAGAGAGCAAACAUCGCUCAUACGAAUCCCAGGGGUCAAACUACCGCCGCUCUAUUCCUGACAGUGGUAGUUCUCGUCCUGGUUCUGGGUCGUCCAAGUUAGACACGCCACCACGAACUCCUCGGCGGCGCCACAGCGGCGUUGUAGGCGAGGUUCCUGUGUCCUCCAGCCGGAGAUAUAGAACUCCAGAAGAGCAGGAGGCUCAUGAACAACGUGAACAACGCAGAGCUCAGCGUCGUGCUGCCCGAGAGGCUGAGCGAAUCGACAAGCAAGAAGCGCCCGAGGCGGUCAACGAAGGGUAUGAAGGACACGAGCGGUAUGAGCAGCCUCAACGCUAUGAUGAGCGUCGUGAACGACGUGAACACAACGAACACCGAGAACAACGUGACCAUCGUGAACGCAUUGAACGCUCUGACCGCCGUGACCGUUAUGAACGUCCCGAACGCACUCAGCGCACUGAGCGUUUUGAUCGGCCCGAGCGUUUCGAACAGCCUGAACCGCUCACCGACCGUGAAGUAAUGGACGAGGGCUAUGGCCGACCUGAGAAAUAUGAUCGGCGUGAACGACAUGAACGGCGAGAGCGCCGCGAACGCCGUGAGCGCCGUGAGCUCUACGAAAAGAACCUGGACCCUCAGCCCGAACCCUUUCCGGCUGUUGACGAGUUCCAAGAUCCCGCACCGCCUCCGGCCCCUAUCCCCGCUCCCCCAGAGCGUAAGGGCAAAGAGGUGGGCUUUGACUUGCCGCCUGAAGAGAUCAAGCGCCAUCGUGGUCGCUCGUUCCGUCAACGUUCAGGCAACUCUGGCUUUGACUACCCACGGGGGUCACAGUCUCCCGAAAAGAAAUUCUUCGACAUGAAGAAUGCCCAGGGGGUGCUUCGCAAGUCAUCCUCGCCGCCACCUCCAGAUCAAUUCAUCUACGUGCCAGCUCGGGAUUCUUCUCUUCCCGAGGAGAUGCGGCCCAGAACACGCGACCGGGACGUUCCCCGGACCCGUGAUCGCCGGUUGUCUGAGGUUACGUAUGAUAGACCUCGCGGGGGCCAUUUCGGAGACUCUCCUAGGCAAUCGGCGCCGCUCGACGAGGGCGACGAUUCUGCUCGGCGAGCCCGUCACGAACGCAGGCGGAUGAGGGAGGCUAGGGAGCAGGAGAAGAAGUCGGGAGGACUCAAGGGGGUAUUCAAGAGGCUGUUUAAUUGA